CGCGUCAGGGACAAACACGCGUCGACCACUACUACUCACUACCAGUUACCACCGUCUACCGGUUACCACUACCGCUGUCGCGCCAUGUGCUAACACCGCGGUUCGCCGUCGUAAUCGUCGUUGUCGCCGCCGCCACCGCCGCUUCAAUAGCAGCAGCAGCAGCAGCAGCAGCAGCAGCCGCCGCCGCCGCAGCAUUACUAUUCACUACUCACCCCGUGCACGGUUAACCAUAUAGUAGCAGGAACGCGCCGUGUCAACCGUGUGUAAAGCCGAACGGAAUCGAUCGCCUGCGCCCGCAUCCGGACCGCUACAACGAAUUCGUUCCACACAAAAUACACCGGUAAACAAAAACUUUUACGUUUCGUAGCUUUUCUAAACUUUUAUUUAUUUUUUUUUUUCUUUAUAUUUAAAACCGCCUAUUCUAUGUACGAUAUUAUCUAUUAUAUUUACAAUAUACGUAUAUAUAUGUAUGCGUAUAUAUAUAUAUAUAUAUAUAUAUAUGUAUAUUUAUUAUGAUGUGUCGUUUUAAAAACGUCGCAUAGGCUCGCCAAAAGCCAUACACCUAGACACACCGUCGUAAUUUGCCGUCGUCUUUUCGUAAUCAUCCUCGCCCGGUCUGUUCGCUUUUGCCUCGGUACGCGCACAGUCUCUGUCUGUCUGUCUCUCGCUCUCUUUCUCUCUCUUUCUCUCUCUCUCUCUCUUUCUCUCUUUCUCUCUCUCUCUCUCUCUAUUUAUAUAUAUACACCUAAUAUAUGUGUAUUGUACAUUUCCGAUAUAAUAUUGUAAUAUUAUAUGUGCAUAAAGGUACGUGCGCGUUUGUUAAAUUUAGGUCAUUGGGUACCUACAAUAAUAACGCUUGACGAUGCGGUUUAACCUAUGUUCCCAUAUAAGGCUAGUCAAUUUUUUCCCCCCCGUCUAGACGCCUUUUUUUUUUUUUUUUUUCACUCCUCUCUUAAUUGCCUAUGUGCUCGAUAAAUUUCAAUUUUCUCGAUUCUCGCAAUUUUUUUUCAAGAAAUUUCUUAUCGAUCUGUUUAGUCAACUCUACCGAGACAGCUACAAGCUCUUGCCACUUGACUGGACUGCCAGCUAAUGCAGUGAUCAUUUUUAUGCCGUAAUCCAGUUUAGUAAUAGGUCGAUACUGUUAAUGUGCUGGACAUGACGCUGAAUUGUUUAAAAUUUUGAAAUGAUAUUCUUGCCCGGUUCGUAUUUUAUGAGGUAUUUUAGUUUUGUAGUUUAUUUAAAAAUACUAGAUAUUUAAUCACUUUUUGUUUUCGAUUAAUAUUACCUUUAUUUUUAAACUUUUAUUUAGGUUAUAGGUAUUUAUUUUAGUGUUUUUCAACCAGAGAAAUUUUCAAAACGAAUUUAUUUCACUAAAAAUUUAAAGUUAUUUUAUACCUAUAAGUAGGUAGUUAAAGUAAAUUGUAGAUAUAUAUAAUUAUUAUUAAUAAUGCAUAAAACAUUGACCUUUUUGGCACCUAACUUCCAAUAAUAUAGACAUUCAUAUACAUUUUAAAAGUUGUUAAAUAAACUUCAGUUUCUUUUUACUUUUGGCAAUUUAGCAAAAAUUAUUUGUUAGCCUAAUAUUGACCCAAUUAAUAUGAUUUGUUAAUUAUAUUGCAAAUUUGUAUUUGUAUAGGUUAAUGGAUAUUAAUAUUAUUUAAGACAAUUUUUAAUUUUAAUUUUUUUUUUUUCUAGGGACGUUACUUAUUUAAUGCAAAUAUUCUAUACCUUAAAAUAUACCUAAAUUAUAAAUCAUGUAUAAUAAUUUAUCGAAUAGGUUGUGAUACUUGCAUUUGCUUUCUUUGUAUACUAACUGGGAUACAGCAAAAAUAAGUUUUUAUAUUUUUAAUAGUUGUAUUAUUUAUUUAAAGCAUAAAAAAGAACCGUGCAAGUUCAGAAUGGAAUAUUUAAAUAUUAUAAUAUAUACAUACACAGAAAAAUUUCUUUUUAAUUUUUUUAACAAGUUUUAUUGUUAAUAAUAAUUCAUAUUAUUGAAAAUACAAAUUUGCUAAAUUGACCAUUAGAUAGACAGAGUUAGCAAAUGUCAUCUGACAUAGUACGUCUCACGUCUGCUUACUGAGAUUAUACAAAUUCUUAAAAUUUGAUAAAAUAAUUAAUUAUUUAUCAAGUCUGCAGUUUACAAAAUUAUUUAUAUUUAAUUUAUUAUAUAUAUUAUUUAUAUUCAAUGCCGGUCACUCUAACUUGAUUAUUAGUUCCUAUUGAGCUGAAGGUGUAGACAUAUUCUUAAUUAAUAAAUUCCUUACUGAUUAGUCAUAGUUUGGUCCUAUUAGUAAUACCUCCUAAUUAUGUUAUGUUUAGAUAGGUACCUAUAUAUUAUUUUUCCAGUAAUAAUGCAUAUUUACCUAUUUUAUUUAAAUUAAAGCAUAAGUACCUAGGUAAUAUUUUUAUUUUAUAUAGGAAAAAUGAAAACGCGAUUAGGUUAGUAUUUCAAUUUGGUUAAUUAAUUAUUCUUAUCUACUUUAAUAAAAUAUAUUUUUAACUAUACUGACUUACCUAGCAGCAUUAUAUUAUCUAGGUUUAAAGUGUUGUUGUGUUAAAAUAUUUCAGGACGAAAUAAAAAUUAUAUUUUUUACCUUCUCGGUAAAUCAUAAAUGUACCUUAUUUUACUUUUAUUAAGAUGUUUCUACUAGUUGUUAUGUAUUUUUCAUAUAAUUAGGAAUAAAUUUACUUUUAUGUAUACUAAUAAUGGUUCCUUCAUUUAGAUGUAAUAGCAUAGUGAUUAAUGGUUAUAUUUGAGAUUAUUGGUUGUAUAAAUAUUAAAUAUUGUCUAUUGUCGAAAUUUAAUUUAAAUAUGAUUUAAUUCAGCAAUCUAUUUGAUAAUGAUUUUAAAAUAAUUUGGCAGACUAGUUACCUAAUUUAUAAAAAAAAAAUUAAUUGGCCUACAUUAAUUUCAUAGAAUUGUUUAAAAUACUUUGAAACAAACAAUUUAUCUAGGUAGUGUUUUUCCAAUCCAAUGACCUCAUCUAUGAUGUCAUAUUCCCCCUAAGUCACACUGUAAACAUCUGGUCAUGUUAAAUUCCUCGUGCCCUUCGUAGUGAUUUGUUGAAUGACUAUGAGACAUCAUCUAAAUAAUAAACAUUUUGUCAACAUAUUAUUUCUAUUAGGUUUAUGUACAUGAUUUUAACUCAGAAGUAAUGUUUUAAACAAUAUUAAUUAAAAUAUUAUAUAUCUAUUAUUAUGAAAAUUUAAACUUAUUACAAUGAAUAAUAAUUUCUCUUAGAUUUAACCAGUUGUAUUACCUACCGAAUACAGUUUGAUAAGUAUGUUUUUAUUAAUACCCAUUUGUCAUUUUUCAGUUUUCUUGAUAAAUUUAAUUAUUUUGAGUUUUGAUUUGGUAGGUACCUUGUAUUCUUGUAAUCAAUCGUGUAUUGAGUAUAGACUAUUAAAGGAACUAUUUAGGAAAUAGUAAUUUUACAAAUAAAAUAAUAUUUGGAAAAGUAACCAAAGGCUCAAUAAAUGUUUUCUUUAGUUUAUAAUACAAUUCAAUUGUUACAAUAUGAAAAAUGUUGCACCUUGCUCUAUUUAUUUAGACUAUGGUUUGUGAUUACAUUCGAUAGACUAUUGAUAAAAAAGUAACAUGAAAAGUAUAAGUUUAGAUACAGCAAAUAAGUUAUAACAACAAUACACUAUUUUUACUUAUCCUGAUAAUGUAUAUUGUAUACAUAGUUAUAUUUUAAUGAACUAUGGAAGUAAUUAAUUUGAUUACUUUUUCAGUAAAUUUAGAAUUUUUAAAACGUCUUAGGUUUCCCAAUAUUAAAUACCUACAUUUCAGAAUAAAUUCCUAUUAAUGAGAUUAGCGGAGAUAAGUGAACAAAUACAAUCGAUUCUUCUAAACUAUUUUUUAAUUCUAUUAAUAUUUGUUAUACUACUAAAUAGUGAGUAUCAAUUAUUAGUGAUAAAUAGGAAUACAUUCUUAUUUUUAAUAUAAUUGUUUUGAUGUUCCAUUGCUUAUAUUUUUGUAUUAAAAUAUAUAUUUGUUGCAAAAUUUGAAUAUAAUAUUAUGAUAUUGGUAAAGGCUAAAUAAUGUAUUAAUAAUACAUUGUAUACAUACAUACAGUUAUAGUAUAUAGAAAAGCAUAUGUAUGUUAUUUAUACUUAAAAAAUUAAAGUACAUUUCUUUAAACUUGUUUUAUUGUUCAUUUGUCCAUUACUCAUUUAUCUUCAAGUAUUGAUAAUGCUAGACGCCUAAAUAAUAACUAUUGUAUAGUAUAAUAAUUUUUUUUAUAAAACAAAAGUAUAAAAAUGUUGAAAUUAUGCUUAUUUAAGUGUUUAAAUAUAAUGGAAUAGCGUGGAAUUAUAUUAUUAUUUAUUGGAGUCAAACUGUAAUUAUAUUUAAUUAAAUAAUUAACAAUUAUCUUUACUUCGUGAAAUAUAAUAUGUUAUAUGUACUGAAAUUAUUAUCUACAAGUAAUCUAUUUUAUAGAUAUUGUUUAAUUCUUUGCCUAAAAAAUAAACAUUUAUUUAUUACACAAAGCUAAUUUUGUUCUUAUGUUAUACAGUAAAAAAUAAUUGUAGAGACCUGAAUAUUUCACAGAAUAGUUUUUUUCAAGAUACAAACAGAAUAACUUACAAAAUAUUUCAUCUCUGAUUAUUAGCUAUUUGAAAUUUUGAAGUUUUCACUUUUUUUUUCUGUUGAUUUAUUUAAUUAAAAAUUAUAUAACAUUUGAUACAAGAUUCAUCAGAAGUUGUUCUUACAUGGAAGAGAAAAAAAUGACUGUAAUAUUACAUUUUCUCUUUUAUAAAUUUUAAAAAAGUGUUCAAAUUUGUAAAUUGCAAACAAUAGUAAAUUUUCUAUAUAUUUUUAGUUAAAAAUUGUAUGUUAAUAUUUUGUAUAAAUCAUAUUGCUCUAUUAUUCUAUUAAAAAACUUAUUAAUUUAUUAUUUUAUUUAAAUUUAUUAAAUAGAUUAAUUAUGUAUGAUAUAUAAUCUUUUUUAAAUAUAUGAUGAUUUAUCAUUGAAUUUUGUAUCACAUAUUAUUUCAGCUAAGUUGCCGUAAGUUGAUAAGUAAGGUAGGCAGGAUAUAGAUUCUUUCCAACUUAUCAUCUAUAUCACUGGCCCAUGGUUUAAAUUAUUUUUCUCUCAUUAUAAUCAACUAUAUUUUGUAAUAAAAUUUUUAUUUUAUUUGUAAAAAUACAACUAUAUAGUAUUUUAUUAUAAUCAUUUAUUAAUUUACAAUAAAUACUGAUAUUCACACAUAACAGGAAGUCUGUACAUAUGUUGAAAACAAUAUUUGAUAUUAAAUAUGAUUUGUAAUCUAUAAUAUUACAUGUAUCAUGACAAUAUUGUAUUGGUUUUAAAAUUAAAUUAUUCGUUCUUGGUUUUUUUUUUUAAAAAUAGUAUCAAAACAUUCAUAACAUUAAUCAUAUGUAUAAAACAUUCCAAAACUGUAUAUGUUCAAUAAUGUUCUAUUUCAUAAUUUUAAUCUUUUGAAAAACAACUUUGAACGUUGUGGUUUCCAUUAUUUUUUGAAUCCGCACAAUAUCUUAUCAAAAUAUGUAGUGUUUCACAUGUAUUUUUUUAAAAUCUUAUUCUCUGGUGAUAAUGAAAUACAUAUUAAUAUAUAUAAUUGUAUUGCAAUAUCACAUUUUAGAGUUUUUCUUUACUGUACCUACGAAUCUAUACAAAUUAAAAUAUAUUUCUGUUUUAUAUUAAAUUAAAAAAACUACAUUAACAGAUAUAUGCCAUUUUUUAGAAAGAAUAAUGAAACUUUACAUCUAAAAAUAUUUUUAUUUAGCAGUAUAUGUACAACAGUUAUACAUUUAGGUAUCUAUUUAAUUAAAUAGUUAAUGACUAGAUUACAUUAUUAUUUAAUUACUUUAAUUUACUAUGAAUGUUUUUCAUUUAAAUAUAUGUAAUCAAAAUUUGAAAUAAUAAUUAUGAGUUUUGUGUAUACAGUACUUAUAAUACUUAUUUUUUUUCCUAAUUAUUAAAUCCUUAAUUAAGUUUUACAAAUAAAAUGUAAUUUAUGGUUUUAUACCUCUAUAUAGAGGCAUAAAUAUCUUAAAUGUAUCUGUAUAUUUACAUUAAAAUUAUAUUUUUAUUUUUACAGGUGUUAUUAUCUAGAAAACUGUCCGCAAGAGAAACAAAACCAAAAAUUAAGAAAACCAGUUUAAUGUACUAGGUUUUACCUACAUUUUUUGUUAAGAAAUAAUUUCAACCUUUACAAAUCACCAAAAAUGUCUUCUUGGCAAGAUUACGUUGACAAACAUCUGAUAGCUUCUCGGUGUGUCACCAAGGCAGCAAUUGCUGGCCAUGAUGGUACUGUAUGGGCAACAUCAGAAGGAUUUAAUGUUAGCAAGGAAGAACUUACCAGACUAAUUUCUGGUUUCGAAAACCAGAAUGUUUUAGCUGCUUCUGGUGUAACGCUAUCUGGUAAUAGGUACAUUUAUUUGUCUGGUACUGAUAAAGUCAUUAGGGCUAAGCUGGGUAAAGUAGGCGCACAUUGUGUGAAGACCCAACAGGCUGUAGUUGUAUCAUUAUAUGAAGACCCAAUCCAACCACAGCAAGCGGCCUCCGUUGUUGAAAAGCUUGGUGAUCAUUUGGUUACUCAUGGAUAUUGAACAAGAUUUGUAUAAUAAUUUAUAAUGUGUGCUUCGAAAAUGAUGAAUACAAUAUUUCAGAAAAAAAAAAUUAAUUAUCAAAAUUGUCAAGAUCAUCUAAAUUCAAUAAAAUAUGGCAUUUAAAAUAUUUCAUUAAAAUAACCAAAAUCUCAAUUAUAUCCGAUAAAUUUAUGUUUAUAAUUUUGGGUCUAAAUACUUUAGACACCUAUAUAUUUUUAUUUUUUUAAUUUAUUAUUUUAAUGGAGUAUCAAAUGUAAUUAUUCCAUUAUCUUUUAUUAUGUUUUCAUUGCUACUAAGAUUUUGAUCCACUGCUUGGGAACUGUAGAUUUGUUUAAACAUUUUUUUGUAAACAAGUCUCAGAUUAUUUUAAUUACUCUACAUAUAAUAAAUAUUAAAAAUGCAUUAUUCCCAUAAUCUUUAAAAUGUUAUGCAACUUCAGUUAAUGUAAUGAACAUUCAUUGUCUUUGAAUUAAAAUUUAGGUUUUAAAUAUUUGAAUUAUCAAUAUGUUCAUUUAUACCCUGGAUUUGUGUUUGUAUUUUUUCUACUAUUAUAUACAAUAUUAUAUUAAAUAAAUUAUAAUAAUGAUAUUAUAUAAUAUUUUCUUUGUUUUAAAUUUUUUUUGCUUUAUACUUGUUAUUAUUUGCACUUUUUACUGUUCUAUAUAGACAGAAACGGUACUUAGUUAAAUAUUUAUACAAAAAUCCAUGACUCAAUUAAAAAAAAAAAAAAAUAGUAUGUACCUAACAUUUAAGUGUUUUGUAAUUUGUUUGAUAUUUUGUUUGGCUGUGUGGUGUCUUUAUUUAUGUUUAUUAAUUUAUUUUUAAAAAUUUCUACAAGCAAUAUUUAACGUAAUAGCUUUUUAUACCGAUUUACGUUCCCAUGGCAACUGAGUAAAAUUAUUAUAAAAAUUGUAUUUGUAUAAUAUAUUGUCGAUUAUUUUUUUUUUUUUAUUAUAGCCAAUCAAUAAAAUAUUUAUAGAACAUUUUACAUGUUGAAUUUUUGCAUUUCUUGAUUUUAUAACUUGUAUAAUCCUCAGAGUUAACAUUGAAUUAGAAUUAAUUAAAUAAUUUAAAACAUUAGUGAACUUUAAACAGAACACGUUUUUUAAAAGUUGAUCUUUAUGCAGACAAAUGGUAGGUAAAAUAGAUAUAGUAGAUAGAGCAUUGAACUCUAGCACUUUUUUUUUUUUUUUUUUUUUUAUCAUCCUUUUGUUUAGAUAUAAUAACACUUAUCUUUCUUUGAAUAACAUUUUUACCGGACAAUGUGUGGGCACAUGUAUAUAUAUAUGUAUAUAGGUAACUGUUUAUUUUUGUGACCUAUUGAAUUUUGGUAACAAUAAGCAGUAGGUUCCCUGAAGAAUGGAUAAUAUGUUACUGGUUUAAUGUUUCAUUUAAUAUUAUCGGUUUACUUUUCAGACGUGUCAGUAUUGUAACCCAGACGAAUAAUAUUGGUGAAUUUGAAAAUUGACAUUUAAUUUGAUUGAAACAACUAAGUACUUACAUUAUUGUGUUUUGGGCAAAUCGUUGUGGCUCACAUGGUGAAAAUAAUGGACUGGUAAAUAUAAACUAUAAUAUAAAUUCAUUUGAUACACGGUAGCUGCAGUAGAGAAUAAAAUAUCCAAAGGACAAAGUGGUCUUCUAUAUUUGCCACGCAUAUUCAAUGUUCACUAUUCACUGGUAUCGAGAAUAGAUACCACGAACACAAUAGUAUAUUCUUGUCAAUUUUUUUUUAUUGUUAAUUUCUCAGAAUCAAACACCGAGAACGGUGUAUAGGCUGCAUAGGUAUAGUGAUUAGUUUUUUUGAAUUCGUUUAUUUCGUGUUUAGACCAUUUCGUUGAAUCUGACAAACUUCAGUUGAAUAUUAUUAGCGGUUUUUGUUUAUGACCGUACAAAAUUAUUUUCACAUCGACAAUGUUUAUCUAUUAUUCGACACGAGUUCAUAAUAUUGAAUAAAUAAUAUUCUCGUAGAUCUGUAGGUACAUGUUCAGACUAUCUUUAGAUGUGUUUGUUUUAAAAUGAUCUAUGGUGCCCUUGUGAAUUAUUUAUGAUUUACCUUCGUAUUAACAUUUUUUAUAUUAUUCUCUAAACAACUAUUUCCGACCUUGGAAUUUAUUAUGCGUUAAUAGUAGGUAGGUUAGUUUAAAAGGCUCUCGGCUUUCACUGAUAACGAAUACCUAACGCGCGUUCAACAAUAACUCCGGCGUUCGACCACUUUUCAAAACAUAUUAUUUCGAAUGUACAGGCAGGUACGAGUGCGGGUUAUCUGAGAUAAAAAUAAAAUAAUGACGUAGUAGAGCGAUUUUUGUACUUUUGUAAUCUCGAAAGUACAGUAGUAAUAUUUGAUUUCUUAGAUUGUAAAUAGCACAACAGCGCAUAAAUUAGUUGGGCACAAAUAUUAAACACGUUGGAUGCCCACAAUAGUUUUUUUUUAUAGGGUUUCUUACUGUACGCCGAAAAUAACGGAGAAAACCCCCUAUAAACGGGGGUGGGUGGGGGUCUAACGUUUUUAUUUUUCAAGAUUUUUACUCGAUUUAAUGUACGCGUAAUUCGUGCGUUCUGGUUUGGUUGUGUGUGACCGCGCGACAGAACAGCUGCAAGAUAAUGACGAUGGGGAAUAAAAUAAUAAAAUAAAAUAAAACGCGUUCGUAAUAAUACUGCGUCGAAGAGUGCCGGGGAAGACACGGGACGAAAAUGCGCGUGCGGUCUCGGCAGAGGAAAACGAGAACAACGACUUAAAACGGCCCGUAACUCGAAAAAAAAAUAAAUAAAAACGUCGGACGCCAACCCCCACCACCAAAACUAACCCAUCCGUUCUAAAGGUCAGGUUCUGUCGGUCAUUUUCGCAGUGCGCUUUUUCGCGCAACGCCGGUCGGUCACUCGUCCCUCCCCCCUCCCCU